AUGUUCAGCCUGGGUAAAGCCGAGGGGGAUGGCACGUGGGAGGGAGGAGAAGUGAGAUGCAAGGGAGGAGAUGGGUGUGAGGGAGGAGAUGGGUGUGAGGGAGGAGAUGGGUGUGAGGGGGAGAUGGGAGUGACGGAGGAUAUGGGUGUGGGGAAGGAGAUGGGUGUGAGGAAGGAGAUGGGUGUGAGGAAGGAGAUGGGUGUGAGUGAGGAAAUGGGUGUGAGGGACGAAAUGGGUAUGAGCAAGGAGAUGGGUGCAGCGAGGGGUGUGGAUGCAAUCACUAAGGCAAGGCGACAGGUGCGCGUCACCCCCAUAGCUCACUGGCGCUCACCGGUGCUCACUGCCGGUGCUCACUGCCGGUGCUCACUGCCGUUGCUCACUGCCGUUGCUCACUGCCGGUGCUCACUGCCGUUGCUCAUUGCCGGUGCUCACUGCCGUUGCUCACUGCCGUUGCUCACUGCCGUUGCUCACUGCCGGUGCUCACUGCUGGUGCUCACUGCCGUUGCUCACUGCCGUUGCUCACUGCCGUUGCUCACUGCCGGUGCUCACUGCCGUUGCUCACUGCCGUUGCUCACUGCCGUUGCUCACUGCCGUUGCUCACUGCCGUUGCUCACUGCCGUUGCUCACUGCCGGUGCUCACUGCCGGUGCUCACUGCCGUUGCUCACUGCCGUUGCUCACUGCCAGUGCUCACUGCCGGUGCUCACUGCCGUUGCUCACUGCCGUUGCUCACUGCCGUUGCUCACUGCCGUUGCUCACUGCCGUUGCUCACUGCCGUUGCUCACUGCCAGUGCUCACUGCCGUUGCUCACUGCCGUUGCUCACUGCCGGUGCUCACUGCCGUUGCUCACUGCCGUUGCUCACUGCCGUUGCUCACUGCCGUUGCUCACUGCCGUUGCUCAGGAGAGAGCGGCCAAGAUUCGGGCGCGCAACCAAAAGGCGCGGGCGGCAAGUGCGGCGAUCGCGACGGUGAGCGGCAAGAGCGAGGCGGGAGGGAAAGGGAAGCGCGGGCGCAUGGAGGACUUUUACGGCGAGGGCGGACUUGCGGCGAGGCGGGCGGCCGACGAGGCGAUUGUCCUCUACCUCGCGGGGACGCGCACGUCGGAGUCGCAGUGCGAGCACCCGCUCUUCCUCAACAUGCUGCGAGUCGUCACCGCUGCCGACACGGGCUACGUCCCCCCCAAGCUGCACUACGUCGGAGGCGCCGGCCUGCUUGAGUGCAAGCAGAAGAUUGAGAAGGCUUUGUCGCCGGUUACGAAGUCGUGGACGGAGACGGGCGUGACGAUCGCCAGCGACAUGAUGCAGGACAAGAGCGGCCGCGCGCAGAUGAACGUCAUCUGCAUCAACAACACUGGAGCGGUUUUCGUCGAGGCGGUCGAUUGCAAGGCGGCGACGAAGAGUGGCAAGUUCAUCGCCAGCGUACUGUGGCCGAUCAUCGAGCGCAUCGGGGCGGAACACAUCAUGGCGCUGUGCACGGACGGCGGCAGCAACUACAAAGCUGCUGGCAAGCUGCUGCUGAAGGAGUGGCCGCAUCUUGACCUCGUUCCCUGCGCGACGCACGUGAUGGACCUGCUGAUGGAGGAUGUCGGCAAGAUGGAUUGGGCGCAGGUGGUCGUGACCCAGGCGGACAACAUGAUCAACUUCGUGCGCGGGCACCAGUGGACGCGCGCCUUCUUGCGCGACCCGCAGCUGCACGGCGAGAAGAAAUCGCUGCAGCUCACGGCGAUGGUGACACACAAGGAUUGGCCGGAGAAGGGGGGGAGCAAGGUGACGGGAGCGGAUUUUAAAGGGUUGGGUGAUGGACCAGGGGUGGUGGAAGAAGGUGGACGUGUUUUUGUCGGUGAUGGAGCUCUGACUGAGGAGUUGGAUAAGCUGCUGAACGGGAAGGAGUGCAAGCUGAGCAGGGCGGAUAAGGAUAAGGUGCGGAAGCAUUUGAGGAAGCGAUGGGACGAGAGUCUAGCUUGCCCCCUCCACGUGGCAGGCCGGAUCUUGUACCCGGCAAAACAGGAGGAGGAGAUUUUCCUGCAGGAUGCGGAGUGCACCAAGGUGAUGCAGGAGUGGUUGGAGCGACAGAAGGCGUUCAUCGACAGGUACUGGAAGAAGUCCAGCGGCAAGAAGGGACAGAUGAAGCCGCUGCAUGAGGGGGUGAUGGCCUUCAUCAACGGCCAAGGGGGGUUCGGCACGCAGACAGCGAUCGAGGGGCGUGGGGAUAUUCAGCUGGGGAAGGGGAACGUGAUGCUGUGGUGGCAGUACAAUGGAUGGGAGUACGCCCACCUGGCUCGCAUUGCGAGGCGCACGCUGUCCCAGCCCGUUUCCGCUUCACCGUGCGAGCGGGGCCGGUCUACAUGGGAUGGCGUGCACACGGCGCGUAGGAAGCGACUCGGGUCGGAGAAAGUGCGCGACCUUGUGUAUGUUGCGCACAACUGGAACGUUGUGCACAAAUUCCACAAGGAUGCGGAAGCGGGGCCUAGUGUGGUGGGAAGGAAGGGUGCAGUGGUGGAGGGGAACAUCCCCCCCCCUCCCCUCCCCGAGGGGUACAAGUUGGAGCAGGAUGGGGAGGUGGAGGCGGACGAGGACGACGUGUGCCUCGAUGAGUGGCAGACGCAGGAGGAGCUGGAGAAGGAAGGGGAGGGGGACGACGAGGAGGAGGAGGAGGAGGAGGAGGAGGAGGAGGAGGAGGAGGAGGAGGAAGAGGAGGAGGAGGAGGAGGAGGAGGAGGAGGAGGAGGGAGGAGGAGGACAGCUAGGAGGCGUAGUGUUUGCUGCUGAGAUAUGUAGUAGUAGUACUGUAUUUCCAGCUUGCUACUACUAG